AUGCACACAGGAGAGAAGCCCUACACGUGCUUUGAGUGCAGGAAAAGCUUCAUUGAUAGUUCAAGCCUCAUCUCACAUCAGCGAAUCCACACAGGAGAGAUGCCCUACACAUGCUCUGAGUGUGGGAAAAGCUUUAAUCACAGCUCUACUCUGAGCAAACAUAGGAGAAGCCACAUGGGUGAGAAACCUUAUGGAUGCUCUGAGUGUGGGAAAAGCUUCGGUCAACACUCAACCCUUAUCAGACAUCAGAGAAUCCACACAGGAGAGAAGCCGUACGUGUGCUCUGAGUGUGGGAAAAGCUUCCGUCAGUACUCAACCCUUAUCACACAUCAGAGAAUCCACACAGGAGAGAAGCCGUACAUGUGCUCUGAGUGCGGGAAAAGCUUCAGUCAGUACUCAAGCCUUAUCACACAUCAGAGAAUCCACACAGGAGAGAAGCCGUACACGUGCUCUGAGUGCGGGCAAAGCUUUGGGCAGCACUCAACUCUUACCAAGCAUCAGAGAUUCCACACAGGAGAGAAGUCCUACACGUGCUCUGAGUGUGGGAAAAGCUUUAGUCGGCACUCAGCCCUUACCACACAUCAGAGAAUUCACACAGGAGAGAAGCCGUACACGUGCUUUGAGUGCAGGAAAAGCUUCAUUGAUAGUUUAAGCCUCAUCUCACAUCAGCGAAUCCACACAGUAGAGAUGCCCUACACAUGCUCUGAGUGUGGGAAAAGCUUUAAUCACAGCUCUACCCUGAGCAAACAUAGGAGAAGCCACAUGGGUGAGAAACCUUAUGGAUGCUCUGAGUGCAGGAAAAACUUCAAUGAUCGCUCAAACCUUAUCACACAUGAGAGAAUCCACACAGGAGAGAAGCCGUACGUGUGCUCUGAGUGUGGGAAAAGCUUCCGUCAGUACUCAACCCUUAUCACACAUCAGAGAAUCCACACAGGAGAGAAGCCGUACAUGUGCUCUGAGUGCGGGAAAAGCUUCAGUCAGUACUCAAGCCUUAUCACACAUCAGAGAAUCCACACAGGAGAGAAGCCGUACACGUGCUCUGAGUGCGGGCAAAGCUUUGGGCAGCACUCAACUCUUAUCAAGCAUCAGAGAAUCCACACAGGAGAGAAGCCCUACACGUGCGCUGAGUGUGGGAAAAGCUUUAGUCGGCACUCAGCCCUUACCACACAUCAGAGAAUUCACACAGGAGAGAAGCCGUACACGUGCUUUGAGUGCAGGAAAAGCUUCAUUGAUAGUUUAAGCCUCAUCUCACAUCAGCGAAUCCACACAGGAGAGAUGCCCUACACAUGCUCUGAGUGUGGGAAAAGCUUUAAUCACAGCUCUACCCUGAGCAAACAUAGGAGAAGCCACAUGGGUGAGAAACCUUAUGGAUGCUCUGAGUGCGGGAAAAACUUCAAUGAUCGCUCAAACCUUAUCACACAUGAGAGAAUCCACACAGGAGAGAUGCCCUACACAUGCUCUUAG